CACUCCACAGUACAGCAGGGUGUUGUUCCUGCCUCAGGAAGGUCAGGCAGGCAGGGCAGGGCUGGGCAGGGCGGGAUUGGGCCUGCCGGGUUGCUCCGAGGUCAGUAGGCGAGGUGAAGUACGCGUGUACUGCGGCCAGGGCGCCUCCCCAUGGAGGGGCGGGAAUGUAGGGUAAGGAGUGAGAGGGAGGCAGGCAGUGGGCGGGGCGGACCUGGGCGGGGCGGGGCGUGCUGGCACUAGGCUGCCGCGGCCGCUGCCCGUCACACUCCGUCGCCCACGUCCAUGACCGACGGUCGCCAGCAGCGCGCCCCGACGCGGGAGCCUUGGUGCCGCGCCGCCCGCCCCGCCCCGCGCCCCACGCUCACCGCGCCGCGCCCAGGAGAGUGAGGUACCAGCCGCAGGCCACGCAGCAGGAGGUGGCGGGCGUGCCGCGAGCGCCGCGCCCUGUAUGUGGCCGCCCCCCGCCGCUCCGCCACCGCCGCCACCGCCACCAUGUCCACGAGCGGCGCCAACAACCCGCCGGCGGCCCCAGAGGCAGCGCCCUCCCCAGGCCCGCCGGCCCAGGCCCCGCCCAGCCCCUCGAGCCACUCAGCCGACGAGGACGUGACCCCACCGCCAGGAGCCGUUACGGAGCUGCGGCUGGUGGGCGGGGGCCGAGUGGUCACCCGCCUGGCGCCACACUCCCCCGCCUGCCCUCUGCUGCCCCGCGACGAUGGCUACCACUCCUCAGACUCCACGCCCAAGACCUCAGGUGAACGGCGAGUGGCAGGGGUGCUUCCCUUACCCCGGGAGCCCGUCACCACCACCCCUGAUGCAAAUGACGACAAGUUUCCCUCAGACACGGACUCAGGGGUGGCCGAGAGCAUGCCCCUGGCUGCCGUGCCCCCCACCCUCACCCCGGGGGCCUGCCCAGUGCCCUCCCCCGCCGCGGGUGCACCUGGGGGCGUGCCUGACGACGGGAGGGAAUCGUGGGGGAAGUCUAUGGAUUUUCUGCUGUCCAUCAUUGGCUUCGCAGUGGACCUGGCUAACGUGUGGCGCUUCCCUUUCCUGUGUUAUCGCAAUGGAGGAGGCGCCUUCCUGCUGCCCUACUUCCUGAUCACAGUGUUCGGAGCCCUGCCUCUCUUUUUCAUGGAGCUGGUUCUUGGGCAGUACAACAGACAAGGGCCCAUCACUGUCUGGAAAAUCUGUCCCUUCUUUAGAGGUGUCGGGUACUGCGCUGUACUGGUCGCCUACUACGUCAGCUUCUACUACAACGUGAUCAUCGCUUGGUCUAUAUACUUCGUCUACGCCUCCAUCAGCUUCACCCUUCCCUGGACCUCCUGCAACAACUCUUGGAACACGGCGGACUGCUGGGACGGGCUCACCUCAGAGGAACCACGCCCAAACAUUUCCAGGCUUAUGUCGCCCUCAGAGGAGUAUUUCAAUUACGUGGUUCUACAGCUGCAUAAGAGUGACGGCUUUGAUGAUCUCGGCCCGCCCCAGCCCGGCCUCGUGGUGUGCGGCCUCAUCACCUACUUCAUUCUCUACCUCUCUCUCUUCAAAGGCGUCAAGUCCUCAGGUAAGGUGGUGUGGGUGACAGCAACGAUGCCCUACGUGAUCCUGACGGUGCUACUCAUCCGGGGGGCGCUUCUCCCGGGGGCGGCUGACGGGCUGCUCUAUUACAUCAAGCCUUCCAUCUCCGCCCUGUCUGAUUCUAAGGUGUGGUACGAGGCAGCAGUGCAGGUGUUCUUCAGUGUUGGAGCAGGGUUCGGCGUACAUCUGUCCUACGCCUCCUACAACACCUUCAACAACAACUGCUACAGGGAUUGCCUCAUUACCAGCCUCGUCAAUGCCUUCACCAGCUUCUACUCCGGCCUGGUUAUCUUCACCUACCUCGGCUACAUGGCAUUCAAACAGAAGACUGAGAUUAGCGAGGUGGCAAUAGACGGCCCCGGGUUAGUGUUUCAGGUGUACCCAGAGGCCGUGGCGACGCUCCCAGGCUCACAGAUCUGGUCCUGCCUCUUCUUCCUCAUGCUCAUCGCUCUCGGCCUUGACUCUGGGAUGGGCGGGCUGGAGUGCGUCAUCACGGGUCUUCUGGACGAGCUGAGGAACUCUUUCGGACGUCGUGUGAUCAGGAGGGAGGUGUUCACGGCGCUGGUGGUGGGCUCCUCCUUCCUCGUCUCCAUCACCAACUUCUGCCAGGGUGGGAUUUACGUGUUUCACUGGCUGGACACUUACUCUGCUGGCAUCUCCCUGCUGUGUUCGGCGCUGUUUGAGGCUGUGGCUGUGUCCUGGAUGUACGGUCUGAAGCGGUUCUGCGCAGACAUUCAACACAUGCUCGGCUUCAGACCACGCUUGUACUGGCGAGUGUGUUGGAAGUUCGUCUCUCCUCUCUUCAUCCUCAUCACUAUCAUCAUAGGGUUACGGAGCCAGAUAUCCAACCCUCUGGAGUACAACGGUCCCACCAAGUACUUGUACCCCCGGUGGGCUGAGGCGGUGGGUUGGUGCAUCACGGCCUCCUCCAUGCUCAUGAUUCCUCUCUGGAUGGUGAUCGGCGUGGUGAGGCGACGUGGACCCUUCAGAGAGAAACUGUUGCUUAGCCUGACGCCUGAAGAGGAGCACCAGAAAGUUCUCCAGACUGGUGAAGCGCCCUGUCUUGAGUGGAGUCACUGGCUGUACAUCUAAAGGCACCCUCCAGUCACUCCUCCACUCACACAGUCACUCCUACAGUUAGCAGUGACAUACAAGCUUAUUCCUGCAGAUAUUCAAGAUUACAGUUAAGAAUGGGAAUAGGGAAUCAGUCAGAACCAGUUAGGAACCAGUCAGGAGCCAUUCAGGAGCUACCAGUCACCCAUCCAGUCACCAGUCACUCGUAUCUACAGUUAUAGGGGUGACUCACAAGCUUACACUCCUCCAGUCACCAAGAGGACUCCAGUCAUUUUGCAGUCAGUCAGUGAAGAAGGACAUGGUUUCAGUCAUGCUCCAGUCAGUUAACAGUCAGCUUGUGGAGAAAAGACAUGGUUCCAGUCACCCUUAAGAGGAUUCCACUCAGUUUACAGUCAACCUCAAGACUCCAGUUACCUCAAGUUUCAUCAGUCUCUCUCAGUCACCCGCCAGUCACUCGCCAGUCAGUAUAAAAGACCCCAGGUAAACGCAACGCACCUCUCAGUCACUCAGGCCUCCAGUCACCAUUCCAGUCACUAGGGAGCUUCCAAACAGUGCCAGUUAGAAAAAAUAUCCAGUCAGUCAGUCAGUCAGUUGGAGCUUACAGUAUGUCUCCCUCAGUUAAUUCAGCCAGUUAGUCGUAAAUUAUUAUUAUUAUUAUUAUUAUUAUUGCAUUUUUUUUUAUUUUUCCUUUUCGGGGGAAGAAAAUGAUAGACUGAGAGAGAUGAUGAGAAUAUUAUCUUUUUCUUUUUCUUUUUCUUUAUUUCUAUCUU